AUCGACGACGGAGUACCUUGCUUGAUCGACCUAAAGUGACUGACACUUCUUCCUCUCGCCUGAUCUGCUCGUAAUUCGCAUGAAACCCCUCGAUAAUGACAUAUGGUUCGCAUAUGAAAGGAAAUGGAAUAUGGCAAGCCUCGAUUCGGCAAGUGCCAUGAGGUAGUCCACAAUUCCGUGGACCCAAGUGGGGCGCGCCGAGUGAAUGCGCCACAAAGGUGGCCGGAGAGCCUUGCUUCUCGCCCACUUCACCUCACCUCACCUCACCCUUCCCCCCGGAGCAUGCAGAGCCUGCCUAUCCCCCGCGCGUCAUCGAUGCAUGCCGAAACCGAGUGCCUCAGAUCGCGCGCGAAUGGAGAGCAGAGGCUUCAACGCCGAAGAGCUGCUGGCCCCCGUCCAGCGCAAGCGCAAACGCACGGGCAAGGCGUGCGCCAGCUGCCGGCGCCGCAAGACAAGAUGCACCGGCGGUAUCCCAUGCGACGCGUGCCGUAUUGGAGAGAUGACAUGUUCAUACGAUGAUCCCGACCGGAGGAUGACGGCCAUCGAGUACAUCCAGUCUCUGGAGAGGAAGGUCGAGGAACUGGAAGGCCUCCUGAAUGACCACGGACAUCGGCCCCUCAAGGAGUCUUCAAGUCCUUCGACUUCCCCAGGCGCAGCGAACGACCAUCCGCGAUCCGUGCGAUUCUCAUCCGCCCGGCCGCCCAGUACCAGCAAUCCUUCAACCGUGCCUCCUGCGCCCUCCCCUGGAUCUUCGGCCAAUGGCGAUGAUGAAGACUUUAUCGAAACCAUGAUUCGCAGCCAGGCCGCUCAUGAAAACAGUUCUCUCCAGGGCCAUCGCGGUAGUUUUGCGGGACUGAGUCUCCUACAGAGGAUGCACAAUUUAUGUCGACAUGUCUACGCCAGCCAGAAGCAGCCCGAUGCCGAGGUUCAGCAGGACGACUUUAUCAGUGCUUUUGAUUUUGCUUCCACCGACAGCGAGUCUGCCGUUCCGACUGAGGCUUUCACUCUUCUGCCGCCCAAAACCGCCUUCGAUCAUGCGGUAGAUGUGGUCAUGAACGAAGCGUGCUGCAUCAUGCAGUUCCUGGACCGGGCGAAACUGGAAAAGCUGGCGGCAGACGUGUACAGCGAGACCUACUCUGCCACGCCUCAAGAGAGCCGCAAAGCUUUUGCUCUAAUUUACGCCGUCCUCGCUUUGGGCAGGCGCUUCGAUCCUACUUCGCCGGGAGAAUCGGCCAAUCCGCACAUGAUGAGAGGGUUACGAUAUUUCCGCGCCAGUCGGACUUUACUCGACCCGGCAAACUGCCGCGACCUCACAUCUCUACAAGCACUCUUAUGCAUGAUAUUGUACACGCAAGUGUCGUCCAUGAUCUCGACCUGCUAUUCAUAUAUAUGCAUGGGUGUAGCUGCGGCUCUACAAAUGGGCCUAUUCACAGAGGCCGCAUCCAAAGACCUUACCGAAGCCGAGAAGCUACAUCGCCGACGCAUCUACUCCGUCCUGAACAUCAUGGACACCUACGUCACUACCGCCUUGGGCCUACCACGAACACUCCGCGAUGUCGAGUCGGAUUUUGUUCUUCCCCUUCCCAAGCAACCCGAGUCCAUGAGAUAUCCAUUGGCCGGGACCUACGCCCAUGCCAAACUCAUCCAGAUCCUAGCUCUGGCGGUAGACGCCAAUCACCCCGUCACCCGCCCGAUCAGCGAAAAGAACGGCUUCUACGGCGUAGGGUACAGCAAGAUUACCGCGACGGAAGAACAGCUCGAGGCAUGGUUUGCCAAUUUGCCUCAAGAUCCCGUCAUGGACGCCGAAGACCCGGUGUACAUCAGAUCCCAACUCCACCUCCGCCUCGCCUACGCCCACGUCCAACUAGUCCUCUACCGCCCCUUCCUCCACCACGCCCUCCGCAACAUCCCCCGCGACACCCCCACAAGCUUCAAAGCGUACGCCUGCGGCAGCGCGUGCAUCAAAGCAGCCAUGCAAGUCGUCUGGCUCGCGGAAACGCUCGAAGCAUACCACUCCUUCAGCGAGGCGCACUGGUUCACCACGCUCAUCAUCUCCACCUGCGCCGCGUGCUUGGUGCUGUUUGUCGUGAGCAACGAGAACGACCCGACGCUGCAGGAGACGGAGGCGGCGGUGAAGCGCAUCAAGAGUUUGUGUCUGCGCCAUGCCGAUCACAACGCUAGUAUGCAGCGCUGCUUUAAUUUUAUCGAGGUGAGAUUGAACUUUGUGAGAUGGAUGAAUUACCGCUGAUCAUCUUUGCAGGCCGUCCACCCGGACAACCCGGAGCCACCUGUGGAGAUUGGGACCG